CCUGCCAGCAGCAUCUCACUCAGCCCCCCACCAUCCCUGGGCAGGGCUGGGCUGUGCACCGUGGGCAGGGCAGGAUGAGACCCAGGUCGUGGGAACCUCCUGUGGGAAGAGUGGCUAGGGGAGCCAGGGGCCAUGCCGGGGGCCCAGACGAGGCCAGUGCUGUCCGCCUCUGCCUUGGGGAGGCUGCGGCCGUGCCAGCCCCGAGGCCACUGGCUGCUGGCCGCAGCCCUUGGCGGCGCGUCCGUCUGUCUGUCCACAGGGACCAGUGUUGGACGGCGGAGCCCCGCUCCGCCCUGGGCGGCCCUGGAGAGGAGGGGCCCACCGCCCCCUCGCCGGCCGGGCGCGGGAGGCUGGGCUGCCGGCGGGUUUUAACGGGCCGUGCCGGGGCCGUGCGGCAGAGCGGGAGUGGUGGAGGCGCAGGAGGGCUGCGGCUGGCCGGGAGGAUGCAGCCGGACCUCCCCGUCGGCGACACAGCGCUGCGCAGCCCGCCGGCCCCUGAGCCAGCCGGCGGCCCCUUCCCUGGCCCCUCGCCGCCCACCGGCCCUGAGGCCACCAAGCCACCCUACAGCUACAUCGCCCUCAUCACCAUGGCCAUCCAGAGCGCGCCUGAGAAGCGCAUCACGCUCAGCGGCAUCUACCGCUACAUCAUGGGCCGCUUCACCUUCUACCGCGAGAACAAGCAAGGCUGGCAGAACAGCAUCCGCCACAACCUCUCUCUUAACGAGUGCUUCGUCAAGGUGCCCCGUGAUGACAAAAAGCCGGGCAAGGGCAACUACUGGACGCUUGACCCCGACUGCUACAACAUGUUCGAGAACGGCAGCUUCUUGCGGCGCCGCCGGCGCUUCACCAGGAAGAGGGGCCUCCGAGACACGCCGGGCGCUGAGGGGGACGAGGGGCGUGGGAAAACACCCAGGCACCGGGCACGGGGGCCACCCGCCACCCUGCUGUCUGAGGAGGUGAAGGCGGAGGGGGGCUAUGCCUCGCCAGCGGCCAUGGGGCGCCUGCCGAGCCCCGCCACGCUGCCCGAGGUUGCUGGGGUGCCGGGGUGUGCCGAGCCCUGUGUCCGGCGGCAGCCACCCAAGGCCAGGCAGCCCUGCCUGUACCUGCCAGAUGUGCCACAGCCCAAGGGGCCAUUCUUCGCCCCCCCAGAGAGCCGUCUGCCGAAGGAGACUGUCUUCGGGGGGCUCCCGGCAGCGCUGCAGCUGCCCCGGCCAGGUCAGUACCCGCUGUCCGGUGAGCCCCGGCUGCCGCACCCUGCCCUGCUGCCCACCCUGCUGCCUGCCCAGACCAGGGACACCCCACAGGACUCCCCAGCCCCCCCUGGCACCCCCCCGGGGCAGCUGGAGGGCGAGGACCCAGCUGCCCCUGGGCUGGGGCCGGGCCAGCCCUUCGGGCAGGUGCCCCCCACGUUCCCUGGCACCCUCCUGGGCACUGGCAAGCCCCCCCCAUCCUGCUUCCUGGAGGGGGAGGGCUACGCACAGCCUCCCCUGCCCGUUUUUGGAUCCUUCAGCCGGUCAGGGCCCGAGGCGCUGGGCAGCAGCUACCAGUGCCGGGUGCAGGCGCUGAGCUUCUGCGUGAAGGAGCGGCCGUGUGGCACGGCACUGGAGCAUCUCCUGGCCGCGGCCCCCCCAGCCCCUGCCACCCCCCGCCAGCCGCCUUUCGGGGCCUCAGGGCCACGGGUGGGCGAGCAGAAGGAGCCGUGGGGGCCAGGGGGCACGAUCCCACUGCAGGGAGGCAACGGCUACCCAUUGGGGCUGCCCCCCUGCCUCUACCGGACACCCGGGAUGUUCUUCUUCGAGUGAGGGACUGGCCUCCUGGACACCCCCGACCCUGGCACCGAAUA